GAAUACAGAUCCUCGUGCGCUUGCAAUUGCUUUCGUCUUAGCCGAUCGGCGAGCGCGCCUUCACAUUUCCUCGCGAAUGCCCUUUCUAAUGCGCUUAUCUGUGUCGGUAGUAACUUGCAACGUAACUUAUUGCUACGCGCAUUUUCGCGCCGGCGAAGGAAGCGCGGUUAUCGGCUUCGUUCAUGCGCUGCACUCGCUCUCGCGCCCUGGAAAUAAGAUCAGGCAUACAUGAAGCUGUGAUCAGUCGUUAAUGCUAAUCAACUCCGCCUGAAUCGCGCUGUGCGCGACGACGCACAGAAUUGCGCCACACUUUCGACCCCAUAUGUAGAUAGCUGGACAUGUAACCUCUAUCAGCUAACCAUUCCCAGCAAUGCCGACUUAGCUUGCUGUAGACCUCAACCAUAACGGGAAUGGCUCCCGGUAGCCAGCCGGCCGCGGCUGGCCCGUCUAACUCACGGACAUUUAGGACUAGUCUCGCACCUAUGACCGCCGGCCAUCGCGCCAAUGUUGGGGUUCUGACCCUGAAUGCGAUGGUCAAAGGUGUGCUUGCGACCCAUUUCCAGAGCUACCCCAAAACGGCAUUUCGCUUCUUCUCGGGCGUUAUGCAAAGGCUGGCGCCUCUGCGCGCGAAGGCACAACUGGCGGAGCUCACUCCGGGCAUCAGGGCGAAGCCGGCAUCGAAGGUUCGCGAUGCCACGACUCGGCUCGAGUACGCGGUCCUGAUCCCUAAAUCGGCGAUUCCUGAUCUAGUCACGCUGCUGGACGAGGACAGCAGCUUCACGGUCCCGGCGGGUGCCUCCUACGGCCGGGACAUCGGGCACCCGCACCCGGUGCAGCGCGCCGGCAGCUUGCGCCUGACAGCCGUCGGACUGUGCAAGGCUGGACUGUUCGCAGUGACGCUGCCGCACGGUGCCGCCUUCGAGCUGGGCCGGUACCAGGCUAACCUGGAAGCUGGUGGAGAAACGUACACCCUUGAUGUGCGCCGCAUGUCCCGUCGGCAGGGUGGCCAGCAGCCGGGCGGCCCAUGCGCCGCUGCCGGUGGUGCCGCGGCCCCUGGCGGCGCGGCGCCGGGCGCCACCGGCGCCGCCGCUGCCGGCGGCGCGGCGUGGGGCCGCGGGGAUGCCACCGGCGCCGCUGCUACCAGCGGCGAGGCACAGGGCCGCGGUGGCAUGACUGGCGGCUCUGCUGCCGCUGGCGCGGCGCAGGGUCACAGGGGCGCCGCCGGUGCUGCUGCUGCCGGUGAAUCGGCGCAGGGCCGCGGGGGCACUGUCGGCGGCGCUGCAGCUGGCGGCUCGGCGGGGGACCGCGGGGGCACUCCUCUCGGCCGUGCCGCCGCCGGCGGCGCGGCGCAGGGCCGCAGGGGCGCCGCCGGUGCUCCUGCUGCCGGCCGCGCGACGCCAGCCCCCGUGGACGCUGCUGGCACCUCCGCUGCCGGUGGCACGGCGCGGGGCCGCAUGGGUGCUGCGGGUGCCCACGCUGCCCGCGGCGCGCAGCAGGGCCGCAAGAGUGCUGCUGGCGCGUCCGCUGUCGAUGGAGCGGCGCAGGGCCGCGCAGGCGCCGCCGGCGCCCCCGCCGCCGGCAGCGCGCGGCAGGGCCGCAAGGGCCCUCUGCGCCCCACCAUCGGCGUCCGGCUGCGACGCAGUGCGGGUGCUGCCGGUGCCUCCGGCACUGGCGGAGCGACGCGGCGCCGUGGCCAGCAACGACGCCCGGCCGCCGCGGCCCCGGCUGCGGCUACGGCCGCGCGUGCGGAUGGCCCCAGCGCCGUCCAGGGCAGCGGUGCUGCGCCGUCCGGCACCCCUCGUGGCGGCGGCGGCCGCGGCGCUAGCUCCCGCCGCCAGCACAGCGGCAGUCGCAGCCACAGCCGCACUCGCCGCGACCGCAGCAACAGCCGGGGCCGCAGCAUCACCAGCCGCGGCGCCAGCCGCAGCCGCGGCCGCAGCCGCAGCCGCAGCCCGGGCCGCAGCCACACGCACACCCGCAGCCACGCCCGCAGCCGCCGCAGCAGCAGCGCCUCGCGUGGCACGAAUGGCGGGGCUUCUGGCAAGUUGGGCGGCAGCCACAGGGGCGCCUCUGCGGAUAACUCUGGGGAGCGCGUGGACCACCGCACCCGCAGCGGUCGCGUCUUCCGCCGACGGGCCGGUCGCGUCCCAGCCGGUGAUGGCAGCACCCUGACCGGGGAUGGGCGCACCAGCAGCAAUGCGCCGCGCCCGGGCGACGGUGCCGGCGACGGCGGGUGGAGCGUGGUGCCCAGCCGUCGCCGCCAGCGCAGUGCCUCGCCAGGGGCGGAGCCGGCCAAGCGUCAGGCUCUGCCAGAGCAAGCCCAGGUGCCUGAGGGACCGCCGCCGCGCCGCCGGGCGCCGCCGCCCACCCUGCUCCACAACCGGUACAGCGUCCUGGCGCCUGGUGGCGCUGGUGACGCCGACUCGGCCGACUCCUAAAUGCCACGCCACAGCAGGCGUGGCGCCCAGGCCCUGCUCGCGCCCUUGCGUGUUGG